UUUCGGCACCGCUUCCUUUCCGCUCUCCGGUCCCGCGCAGGAGGCCGUAGGCAGCCAUGGCGCCCAGCCGGAAUGGCAUGAUCCUGAAGCCCCACUUUCACAAGGACUGGCAGCGGCGCGUGGCCACGUGGUUCAACCAGCCGGCCCGGAAGAUCCGCAGGCGCAAGGCCCGGCAAGCGAAGGCGCGCCGCAUCGCCCCGCGCCCCGCGUCUGGACCCAUCCGGCCCAUAGUGAGGUGCCCCACGGUGCGGUACCACACCAAAGUCCGAGCCGGCAGGGGCUUCAGCCUGGAGGAGUUGAGGGUGGCAGGCAUCCACAAGAAGGUGGCCCGGACCAUCGGCAUCUCUGUGGACCCCAGGAGGCGGAACAAGUCCACCGAGUCCUUGCAGGCCAACGUGCAGCGGCUGAAGGAGUACCGCUCCAAGCUCAUCCUCUUCCCCAGGAAGCCCUCUGCCCCCAAGAAGGGAGACAGCUCUGCUGAAGAACUCAAAUUGGCCACCCAGCUGACAGGACCAGUAAUGCCUAUCCGAAACGUGUAUAAGAAGGAGAAGGCCAGAGUCAUCACCGAUGAGGAGAAGAACUUCAAGGCAUUUGCCAGUCUCCGCAUGGCUCGUGCCAAUGCCCGGCUCUUUGGCAUCCGGGCAAAGAGGGCCAAGGAAGCUGCAGAACAGGACGUUGAAAAGAAAAAAUAAAGUGCUGUGGAGCCUUGUAAUAAAUGCUCUCAGUGAAGCUAAAGCUGGGGCCCCUGUGCUGCCUUCACGUGCAGCGGCCAACCUGUGGUGGGUCAGAUUGUAGGCUGUGGUGCUGGGUUCUCUGUGGCUGCCCAGACCCUGCAUUGCCAUCUUUUUUUCUGUGUGUUAAUGUCACAUCUCAAGAAUUAGAUUGGUCACUUGA